AUGGAAAUAAAAACAGCGGAGAGUGCCAACGGACUUGUGAGGACUUCUCUUGCGGACAAAUACAAAAUGUACAAGAAUAUGCAUUACAUUGUACAACAGACUGGAAAGGCACAGAGAACUCGUGUGAUUGUGGUGGAGGGGUCUUUUUUGACUCUCUUUGAUAUUCAAUUGGUCUACAGACUCAACAAGAUGGACGACGUCAGAUUAAGUAAGUUGUACAGUGUUACUCUUGCAAACAGUGUUGUUGCGCGAACAAACAAGAAGAGUGCCGUGAUCAAAACACAAGAUGGAAAUUUUAGAUUUAGUAUGAAGAGUAAAGAAGAUAUGGAUGAAUUGUUAUGUGACUUGGAUCAGGCUGCACGAACUCUUGGGUGUUUAUAUACUUAUUAA